AUGAAGUAUGUAACUAAUUCAGAACAUGCAUUGAAGAAAUUAUUGAAACCUGUAUUUAUUUCAAAAGCAUAUAGAAAAACAAUACUAGAAAAUGAAAGAUUAAAAAAAUUAGAAGCUAAGAGAUUACUAAAACUAGAUGAGAAGAAAAAAGAGUCAUGUUUAAUAAUUGCUAAAAUAAUUCAGAAAGAAUCACAAAGACUGAUAAAUAUCUUUUAA